UAAACUUCAACAUAAAGGUUUGAAUAUUUUUUUUAAUUCACUAUUAAAAUGGUAUCCACAAUUGCUUGUUACAUGUUUUUCUUAGCAAAUCUAAUGUCUCAGUUAACGCUGGGUGAGCUACACGAGGAAGAGGAGACCGUGCCAGUAAACCUUGCAUUCAGAAAAGGUGUUUUUUGGAGAAAUGAAGAGAGACAGCUUUUUAAGAUCAAUGCAUUUGGUCAACUUUUCCUGCUUGACCUGACGCCGGAUAGCAAGUUCGUGUCUCCAUCAUUAAACGUCCAGCGCGUAAAGGCAAAACACCUUCCAGCCGUUCUGGACGCCUCCAGGAGCGGAGCUGUUUUCAGGGAUGUCCCCCUGUACGGAGACAGCGGCGCGGACCUCAGAGACUGUUUCUACAAAGGAACGGUCAACUCUGAAAAGGAAUCGGUAGUUGCAGUCAGCUUAUGCCAUGGCAUCCAGGGUACCUUCAUAACGCAAGGGGACGAGUAUUUCAUUCAGCCUAAAGCAAGUGCCAAGACUGCCGUGGAAUCUUUUCUGCAGGUGCACGUCGUUAAAAGGCGAGCCUUUUCCAAAAAUCGCAGAGCGUCGAAUAUGCUCUUUGAUCAACAGAAAGUUGACAGUUUGGUGAAAAAGAGCAACCUUAACUCUAGUAAAUACGAAGAAAGCAAAGUGAAACGCGCAAAAAGAUUCGUGUCAGCUGCGAGAUACAUCGAGACCCUGGUAGUCGCUGACGCUUCUAUGACACGCUUCUAUGGAGAAGAGAUAAAGCACUACCUUCUGACAGUGAUGUCCAUGGCAGCACAGGUCUAUGUGCAUCCUAGCCUGAAAAAUGCUGUGAGUCUGGUAGUAGUGAAGAUGGUGUUUGUGGAGGAUGAGGAGGUGGGACCUGAGCUUUCAAGCAAUGGUGGUGUUGCCCUGCGCAACUUCUGCAAGUGGCAACAAAUUUUCAACCCAGGCAGCCACAGACAUCCUGAACACUAUGACACUGCCAUCUUGUUCACUAGAGAGGAUAUUUGUGGAUAUAAGGAUUGUGACACUCUGGGUGUAGCUGAUAUUGGCACUAUGUGUGACCCCAAAAGAAGCUGCUCAGUUAUAGAGGACAACGGCCUCCAGGCAGCAUUUACUGUGUCACAUGAACUCGGCCAUGUACUCAGCAUGCCACAUGAUGAUUCUAAAAACUGUGAGAAGUUUUUCGGGCAUUUCAAUGGAAAUCAUAUGAUGGCUCCUUUCUUUAUCCACCUCAAUAAAACACUUCCCUGGUCUCCAUGUAGUGCACGCUUCAUCACAGAGUUCUUCGACAGUGGCCACGGUGACUGUUUGCUGGAUCCACCUGUGAAGAGCAUCCCUUUACCCACUGACCUCCCCGGCCAUACGUUUGGUCUGGACCGGCAAUGCCAGCAGACAUUCGGGGACGAAUACACUCACUGUCCCAAUGCCCCUGAAGAUCAGAUGUGUGCACAGCUGUGGUGUCGAGAAGAAGGAAAGAUACAGUGCACGACCAGGAAUGGAAGCCUCCCCUGGGCCGACGGUACUUCAUGUGGAGAGGACAGGAGAUGCCGUGAGGGUCUGUGCCUGUCGAGUGCACUGGAGGAGGCAGGAGACAAGAAGGUGCCAGUCAAUGGUGGAUGGGGAGAGUGGGGCCCUUGGGGGCCGUGCUCACGGUCAUGCAGUGGGGGUGUGGAGUUUUCUCACCGUGAGUGCACUACUCCAGUGCCGCAGAAUCGGGGAUCGUACUGUGUGGGACAGAGGGUCAAAUACCAGUCCUGCAAUACUCAGACAUGCCCAGAGGACCAUGGAAAAAGCUUCAGAGAGGAGCAGUGUGAAAAGUAUAACUGUGACCGUUACAUGGACACUCAAGGAAACGUGAAGCAGUGGAUCCCCAAAUAUGCCGGCAUCUCUCCACGAGACCGCUGCAAACUCGUCUGCCGAGCCAAAGGGAGCAAUGAAUUCAAAGUUUUUGAAGCCAAGGUUGUGGAUGGCACCACCUGUGGGCCAGACACCACAUCUAUCUGUGUUAAGGGCCAGUGCAUCAAAGCCGGUUGUGACCAGGUGAUAGGCUCCGGUGAAAAGCUGGAUAAGUGCGGUAUCUGCGGAGGUGAUGGUACCACCUGUAGGAAGAUAAGUGGCUCACUAAACAAAGCUACUAUUGGCUACAUUGAUAUAGUUACCAUCCCGGCUGGGGCGACUAAUAUUGACAUAAAACAACGCAGUCAUCGAGGCAUCGCUCAUGAUGGUAACUACUUGGCGGUAAAGAUGGAAGAUGGAACCUACAUCCUGAAUGGGAAUUUCUCAGUGUCUAUGGCAGAGCAGGACAUCCCAGUGCCUGGCGCUGUGCUUCGCUACAGCGGCUCUUCCACCACCUUGGAGCGACUCCUCAGCUUUCACAGACUUCUUGAGCCCAUCACCAUCCAGCUGCUGUCCACCGCUGGGGAGACCUCACCCCCUAGGAUCAAGUAUACUUUCUUUUUGCCCAGGGAUGUGCCAUUUAGCAAGCCUGGCACAGAGAGUAGAAUUUCGCCACAUGUCAUCUUGCCUUUUGGGGGAGCUGAGUGGGUCCUGGGUGAGUGGUCUGAGUGCUCCAAGAGCUGUGGUGCUGGAUGGUCCAGGAGAAGCGCGGAGUGUAGAGAUGGGGAGGGAUCCUUGUCUUACCUCUGCGAUGCCGACCUGCGACCAGCAGACAUCCGGCCCUGUGGGGAUUUGCCCUGUCCUAUGUGGCAAAUGGGGCCAUGGUCAACAUGCUCACAGACUUGUGGUGUCGGACAGCGCCACCGCACCGUAGUCUGUGUGGACUACACGGGCAAGGUUCUAGGGCAUGAGAAGUGUAACCCAGACAAGAGGCCAGAGGUAGCUGUAGGGGAAUGUUUUUACCAGGACUGCUAAAGCUGACAUUGUGUGGAGUAUGAGAAGGUGGUGGGAUCCGUUUUGUCUCUAGUGACUGAGAAAAAGCUUCAGAAACAAGCAAAGAAGCUCUUGGGGGAUUGAACAUUAGACUGGAGAUGACCUAUCAAGCAUAACCAGGACAUUUGAUAUGAAUUAAUAUCUAUAAUAUGGUUUAAUCUAAUUCUCUGUCUACUAACCACAAAGGUAACCUCCCACGGAGAUCUACCUCAGUCAAUACAAGCUUAAUAAUGUUCAUAGUCAUUUAGAGAGGAGUCCUUUGGAAAACAUUUGCACAAACCUGCUGAAAUUCUGUUCAAAAUAAAUUAUUCAAGUCAGAGAAUCCACCUUCCUAGAAUUGUCCACAACGGACUGCAUUUAGUAUUUUUAUACAUGAUAGACUAAUUAAUUUCUCACAUUUAUUUUAGCUGCCAGUUUUGUAGCAUUGAGUCAGUUUCAUAUUAUAUCUAUUACUUUUAAUACUGGUAUCACCCUCAAAGACUUACAGAUUUUUCAAAUUACAACACUGGAGGAAACAAUAUUUGGAAGUACAGUCCAUUACUGGUUAUGCAAUAGGUGUAUGUGAACAACGUACACAGAUAACAGCUGUUGGAAUAGAUACAAAUAUGCUGAUUUUACCUUUAAAAUGUUGCCUGGUUAUGACUGUUGAUUUGGAUGAAUUAUUUUAGUUUGUAAUGAAGAAUCAAAGUUGAAUUGCUUUUUCCCCUCACACUGUUGGUCUUUCUGUACAUAUAUUCAGCCAAUAGGCAACAAGCUAUGCCAGUCUGAGAGCAACAGUGUAAAGACUGC